AUGUCCCGCGGCUUCUGCUACCAGAGCAGAAGAACAUCGGCUGCGUUUGCUAAUGACUCGCUUCACACCGCUGCCAAUGAACCAGAUUUCCCCAAGAAGGUCAUAACUGGAGAUGAAUCGUGGGCAGAAAAUCUGUUUCAGGAACUUCAGGAACAUUUUCAAGCUCUGACUGCAACAUUAAACAUCAGAAUGGAAGAAAUGGGGCAUCGCAUUGAGGACUUGCAGAAGAACGUAAACGACUUAAUGGUGCAAGCUGGGAUUGAAAACUCUGUCAAAGAGCAAAUGACCUGAAGAUGUUAGACAAGUCACUUGAAACUGUGAUAAAAUGAAAACUCUACUUUGAGUAAUAAUCUAUGUAAUAUGAUUCUGAUUUUCCGUAUUUAAUUUAAAAAUUCAUUUUAGUAAAAUAAGAGAUUAAAAGAACAAAGGCAAUGAAGGAAGAAUAUAAUUCAAAGGUGACUAAGCGCCUACCAAAGAUGGUUGUAAAUAACAGAGUAUUUCUCAAUGCAUACCUAAUUUUAUGAACCGUGGAUGAAAAGCAUAGCCAUAUUAGUUCAAAUGUCUUUCCAAAUUAAAAUUCUAGAUCUUUUUUUAAAAAGAUCAUAAGCAGUUUUCCAACAGAAGCUACAUUUGAAUAACUGCAUUCCAACUCAUUUCUA